AGAGGCGGGUCAAAGAAGAGUGCUGGCGACGCCUUAGAACCUCGGGCGGCGGCUGCAACCACAGGUACUGCGCAGGGCACCGCGUCCCACCUCUGUGGGCAUCUCAACUCCCGCUCUGGGAACUGAAAUUUUCAAAGUGCACUUAACUCCGAACAUCAAGUCCCCGAGCCGAAUCCUGGGGUCGCCUGGAGCCUAGGCUACGUGCUCCGAGAGCCGCAGAGCCAGGGCACCACGGCCUGCAGAGAGGCAGUGAAGAAGCCCUGGAAACCUCUGGAGAGAAGGACGUGGAGAUCCCAGAGCCACAGAACCAGGUCCCGCAGGUACCAGCUGAGCAGGGCACCCAACACCAGGGCGGUCCGCAGCCGGGUCCCCUGGCAGUAGGAUAACGGAGGCAUUGGGGCAGUUGCCCCUCUUUUGGCUCGGAGGCCUCCAGGUGUGUUUUCCACCGAGGCCCGUGGCUUCUAACGCCGCGCCUGCGGAACUGCUGAUGGAGACGCCCAUCCAGCGCGAAAUCCGCCGCAGCUGCGAGCGCGAGGAGAGCCUGCGCCGCAGCCGGGGGCUGAGCCCCGGCCGAGCGGGCGAAGAACUCAUCGAGCUGCGCGUGCGGCCGGUGCUCAACCGGCCCGGCCCCGGUCCCCCGCUGCCGCGCGCCCUGGAACGCGCUCGGGCGGGCGCGAAGAUGCAACGGGACAUCGAGCGCGAGGCUCACCGGCAGGCGGCGCUGGCGAGCCCCGCGGUUCCGGAGCCCGGCGCCCGGCGGCCGCAGCCGCUGGAUGAACUCAAGCGCUUCUUCGAGGCUGCUGCGGAGGACGGCGCGGGCUUGCACGGGCGGCCCGAGGCAGGAGGCCGGCUGCACCCCGCCCUUCAGGACGGCUGCCGGGGGCUGGGGCAGCCUCCGCCGCCUGUUGCCCAGUCACUGCUGGAGCAGGAGGUGCGCCGGGUGCGCGAGCGGGAGCGGGAACUGCAGUUGCAGCGGCGCAGCAUCUACGGGGCCGCCGAAGUCGGGGAGCCUGCGCCUAGCCUCACCCAGAGCAGGGGAGACGGAAAGUUGGCGGUGAUCUGGCCCCCGCGGAGACCGGCCUCGGAGAACGGCCUGGAGAAGGAACGCAGACCCUGAGGUCUGUGAAGGCUGGGACCCGCGGCCAGAAGCAACACGCCCUUUGAAGAACUAGGGUAGGGUUACCUUCAGAGCAGCAGAAGGCCUAGAGAGGGAGGGGGCGGCUCUCUUUCGUCACAACUUGAAAUUCAGCCCAUCCUGGAUACUAACUGUGGAAAUUCACCACCUUUCUCCAUAAAACUGUUUCGUUUUCCCUGGAAAACUGACCACCACCCGCAAAACCUGUGAGUGAAACACAAAAUAAAGUCCCCUCCCCCUUUCCCUGGGCUUCAGUGAAAA